ACGUCACAAAUAAUUGUCAUGUGAUGAUGAGAAACUAUCUCAGUAAGCCACUACCAUUAAAAGCGUAAUUGCACCCUGCCUUAAGCAUUCAACGUACGUCGUUCAAACUUCCCGGCCCUCCCAGCUGCUCCAAUGAGAAAGUCGUUGGCCUGGAGCUGAUCUGCUGGCCUCUGUUCCACUUGGAACGGUCCAAAAAUCAACCAGAACAGCUGAGAGGCCAAAAACAAAGGCCCACUCUUCAGCAAUGAAUACGAUCUGAUUAUUUUGACCAAGAUGGCAGACAAAAGACACUCUGCGGAAAGCAAUACUGGCUCAUUAUGGAGCGCUUGUGAUCGAGGGGAUACGGACGCCGUGAUUCGCCUCUUGAACAAAAGUCAUCGCGAUGUGAACGCCAGAAAUUGUCUUGGAUGCACACCCCUGUUGUACGCGUGUGGUAGUGGCCAUUUGGAAACCGUGAGUCACACUUCAAGCUAUCGAGUUGCAAUUAAAAAGGAUGAAAGAAACUUUCAAUUUCACUCAUUCCCCUUCCCCCUCACUGCUCUUAUUUUUGCUGGCAAUUCGAUGGAUGGAUGUUGUUUGUGCCCACAGGUUCGCUAUCUCCUGACUCGACCUGAUAUCGAUGUGAAUCGGUGCAAUAAUGAUCGUUUGACAAGUUUCAUGCUGGCCAUGCAAGGCGGUGCGCUCAUCGGGAAGUCCUCCGAAUCCUCUUGGCCGGGAUGGGAAAAUCAAGGCUCAAAUGCUCACGAGAAAAUGAAGCGACUCAUUGACUUACCCGCUACGGAUGACUUGGAAUGGACUCGACACGACAGGUUUCUAUUCUUCUCCUUUCGAUAUGCCAUGGUGUACUUUUGGCACUCUCAAAUGAGUAUGAGUGAUAUUUUUGACGAUGCCUUUUGGUUAUUCGUUAGGUGGACUGCCUUGAUGGAGGCUUGCAACUUUGGGCACAAGUCUGUUGUGGAGCUCUUGGUGCAAGUCCCUCAGAUCGAUUUUGAUGCCAUCAACCUCCGAGGUCAGAGGGCACAAGAUGUGGCCAUCAGUCGGGGUCACGAUUCUCUCGGGAAGAUCAUCGAUGCUGCUAAGCGAAAUCAAGAUAAUCCAGAAGAGUUGCCGCGAAUCCAGGAGUUGGAGGAAAAAGUUCAAAGCUUGAAAAUUGAGACCAGACAACGUUUGGUGAAGGGAAUCGAGGUGAAAUAUGCUCAAAUGCGAGACCUGAAACUCCACCAGGAAUCCGAGAUCUGUCCAUUGUCAGCCAAGAUUGACGUACUUCAAAACCAAUUGGAGGAAGCCAUGAAACAACGACUCACACUGAUCACGCGGCAUGUUCGCGAAAUCAAAGGCGUUGAGGAUGAAAUCAAACAAAUGAAGAAGAAAUUGGAUAACUUUGAUAUGUACACCGACCUGAGCACCAUCACGUCGAAAAGCCGUCUGUCGAAAUCCACGGAGCAUUUAGAUGUGAACCCGUUCCAAGCGUUUGAAAAGGAUUUCGAAUGCUCGGUCUGUUUGGAGGAAAUGAAACCGCCCGUAAAGAUCUUCCAAUGCCGAAAUGGUCACGUGCUCUGCGAAACUUGUAAGGACCAUCCGGAAGUGAACAGAUGUCCCUCGUGUCGAAUCCCGUUAAAUGCUCAAAUCAAUUUGCUUCGGAAUCUCCCAAUGGAGAAAGUGGCUAGGUCGUACUUCGAGAAAGUUGAGAGUGUUGACCAGCUUUCCGGACGGUCUGGGUCGGUUUCGUCAUCUGGAUCUCCCCGACCAUCUUUUGUCAGGCCGGAAACUUUCCGGGCUGGACCUCGAGCUUUAGCAGAUCAAACGGCGGUUGCAUUCAUGAGUAGCCCAGACGUGUCUCAAUGGGAUUUGUAAGGCUCGUGUGUCAGUUCAAACCGUUGUUGCUCAUCUGUCUGCCUUUCGUGGGAAAUCUUUGAUCUUUGGGUCUAAGGCAGCUAAAUCAUUUAUGCAAGUUCCCCCACCUUAAGCGUAAUCAAGGUGAACAAUAUUCCUGUACUUAGUGUGGAGAUAAAAGUAACUGAGCUGGAGGGAAACAAAAUUGAUUGGGGUUACUGGCAUGCCUGGGGCCUUCUUGCCACUUCGAUUUUCAAAUAAUCCAAAUGAUUAUGAUAGCUGUCUGCAAAGAUUUCUUCCAGUUUAAUGGUGUUUAACAGCCUCAGUAUUCAAAAAAUGGUCUUCAUCUUCCAUUUCCAGCAUGUUCUAGUUGCUUCCGAUUCUUUUUGUUGGGGUCAACGACGAAUUAGUUAUUUUGCGGAUGACAAUGGACCAAAUAUUUGCACAUCGAAUGGAUCUGUUGCCAUUUCAACCAACGAAUCAUUUUCGCACUCUUUCCUAAGAAACUCGCCCCUUUAUACAUGAAAUACAAUGUCUAGCGUCUGUUCGUGAGA